AGACGUCCGGGGAUAAACGAACCUUUUUAUCGCGUUAUGCUUUCGGAAACAGCGCUGUCUGAAGAUGACCAAGUUGCAGUUAGAAUUAUGAAGGGGAAAGAUAUAUUGAAAUCUUUGAAAAAGUGCAAACAUCAAAACACAACUGAACAAGAGAUGUGCUACGCCUGUGGUCAACUGAUAGCAGAUCGAUUCCUCCUCCAUGUGAAUGGUAGAUCGUGGCAUGCCCAUUGCCUGAGGUGCUCCGUGUGCCAAGCUGCACUAGACAAACAGCCCUCAUGUUUCAUAAAAGAUGACAACGUCUACUGCCGGACAGAUUAUGUAAGGCACUUUGGUGCUAAAUGUGCGAAGUGCUCGCGGACCAUCCAUGCUUCUGAUUGGGUAAGGCGAGCAAGGGACCAAGUCUACCACCUAGCCUGUUUUGCCUGUGAUUCCUGUAAAAGGCAACUGUCCACCGGUGAAGAAUUUGCCUUGCACGACAGUAGGGUACUGUGCAAGACCCAUUUUUAUGAGUGCAUGGACGGUGGGAAUGGGUCAAAUGACGAGAAUACCGACCAAGACCCCCAACAGAAAGCCAAAACGAAGAGGGUUCGAACGACCUUUACGGAAGAACAGCUUCAAGUGCUACAAGCCAAUUUCAAUCUCGACUCGAACCCAGAUGGGCAGGACUUAGAAAGAAUAGCCCAAAUCACUGGUCUCAGCAAACGAGUCACACAAGUCUGGUUUCAGAAUUCAAGAGCACGGCAGAAGAAAUAUCUCAACAACCAAGCAAAAAAAGCUAAUGCCAUCUCCAUGCCCUCGAUGACAGCAGCGACAUCAUGUCCAGGUUGUGGAAUGUUGUACUGCCUCUGCUCCCAUUCGAGCUUGCAGCUGAACAUGAGCCAGGUGGCGUGA